AGGAAGGAACCCCUGCGUGUUCAAGAGUCCUGCUCCAACCGCAGGGGCAUCGGUGCGUGCGCGUUGGAUGCGUGUGGAAGUGUGUGUCGGGUGCGCGCGCGUGUGUGCGCGCGUGUGUGCGCGCCCUCGGAGCAGCAGGAGAGUUCGGCGGCGGCGGUGUCCGCGGGGAGAGGAAGUUUAUAGCGGCGUGAUUUGUCUCCUCUCCGUCCUCCGCGCGGGGUCGUCCUCCAUGUCGCGGCAGGGGACCGGCGGAUUAACGUUUCCCUGAUGAGAAUCAACCACCUGCGGAGAGGCGCUGCGAUCGUGACCGCGACGGCGACGGCGGCGACCACCACCACCACCACCACGACCACGACCACGACGACGACGAUGUCGAGUAAGAGCGCGGAGUGGCUGCAGGAGGAGCUGGAGUCCGCGGCCGGCGCGCUGCUGCUGCUGGACUGCAGGGCGCACGAGCUGUACGAGUCGUCGCACGUCGAGUCCGCCAUCAACCUGGCCAUCCCGGGCCUCAUGCUGCGCCGGCUGAAGAAGGGCAACCUGCCCAUCCGCUCCAUCAUCCCCAACAACGAGGACAAGGAGAAGUUCGUCCGGCGCUGCAAGACGGACGUGGUGGUGCUGUACGACGAGGCGACCUCGGAGCGCCAGGAGUCCGCGCUGGGCAGCUCCGUGCUGGGGCUGCUGCUGCAGAAGCUGCGGGACGACGGGUGCAAGGCGUUCUACCUGGAGGGGGGCUUCAACAAGUUCCAGUCCGAGUAUCCGGAGCACUGUGAAACCAACCUGGACUGCUCCUGUCCCAGCAGCUCCCCGCCGGCCUCCGUCCUGGGCCUGGGAGGACUUCGCAUCAGCUCCGACUGCUCCGACGGGGAGUCGGACCGCGAGCCGGGCAGCGCCACCGAGUCGGAGGGCAGCCCCCUCCCCAGCAACCAGCCGGCGUUCCCCGUCCAGAUCCUGCCGUACCUUUACCUGGGCUGUGCCAAAGACUCCGCCAACCUGGAUGUGCUCAGCAAGUACAAUAUCAAGUACAUUCUCAACGUGACGCCCAACCUGCCCAACAUGUUCGAGCACGAGGGCGACUUCAAGUACAAGCAGAUCCCGAUCUCCGAUCACUGGAGCCAGAACCUCUCGCAGUUUUUCCCAGAGGCCAUUUCCUUCAUAGACGAGGCGCGCUCGAAAAAGUGCGGCAUCCUGGUCCACUGCCUGGCCGGGAUCAGCCGCUCCGUCACCGUCACGGUGGCCUACCUGAUGCAGAAGCUCAACCUGUCGCUCAACGACGCCUACGACUUCGUCAAGCGGAAGAAGUCGAACAUUUCCCCCAACUUCAACUUCAUGGGCCAGCUCCUGGACUUUGAGCGGACGCUGGGCCUCAACAGCCCCUGCGACAACCACUCGUCCUCGCCGACGCACGACCAGCUCUUCUUCACCACCCCGACCAAUCACAAUGUGUUUCAACUGGACACGCUGGAGUCCACAUGAAAAAAAUCAGACGGCGGACUGCCCCCCUGGUUCUUGAGGGGGGGGGGAGGGGGCGGGUCAAGAUGUUGUUGUUACCGUGGUAACAAAGCGGCUGCACUGGAGCCAGCUUUACGCAGUCCAGUUUUAAUGAAUGUUUGAGCCUCCCGAGGCUCGUUGUCCGAGAGCUUGGCCACGGAGCAGCAGCGGAGGGACAGACCAGGUCACAGGCUCCACCUUAAAGGGGAAGGGAGUGUCUGUUUGCUUUUGAACCCAGAGUGAGGAACUGACACGCGGGUUUACAGCGGUGUCCUCCUCAGAGUUGACUGAAUUUUGAGGAAGAGCUCUGAUCGACUUCCUCUUGCAACAAAGAGGAGAUUCGGAGACUUAACUGACUGAGAAAUUGAGCGAAGGUCGACAGCUUCAUACAAAGACGGGAGCACGGAACCAUCCACAGCGCUCAAUUUGUGAGACGACAGCGUCCUCCCUGUUUUUUCUGUCUCGGCCCUCGAGCUGAGCUGACUGGUGCCAAGUGGAGAGUAUGGGAUUUACUCAUAGGAAAUCUCGCUCUACUGAAUGUAGAGUUUUUAAAAAACCAAGGAAUUAACAUACACACAUGCACACAUAAACACAAGUAUGUAUGUUUGUACUGUAUGUACUGUAUGUAUGUUAUCACGUACAUUGCAGAAAUUGUAUGGGUGGUCCUUAACAAGUAUGUCUAUAUGCAUUUUUGUAUAUUUUUGUGUACAUUUAUGCACAAAUCUAUACGAUAUAUAAAUAUUUACGCAUAGAAAUUUUUAUCUUUGUCCCAAAAACAAAGUCAUCCAAUCCAAAAAUUGGCUUAAGAGAUUGUAAAACUAAAGAAAGGAGAGUGGCUGCGGCGAGGCCAACAAAGAAACGUUUGAUAUUCCUAGUUGUCUUCUUCUGGGGUUUUUUUUUUUGCUUUUAGGUUUGUUAUGACCUAAUGCAGUUUGCACAGUGGUGUAGCCAUUGACUUGUUGGCACUUGGAGCCAGUGCUGGAAGCAGGCAGAUAAAGAGACAUUCAGAGGAGAGGUGGGGAGAGAGAGAGGAGAGGCCAGUCCCAGGCUGCGACAAGUCCAGGCAGCUGCACCGUGCAGUGGGGAGGGAGCAGGAGCAGGAGCAGGAGCUGGGCCCUGGGACGAGGACGAGGACGAGGACGGGGUUCAGGGUUCAGAGAGGAGUGUCGGGCUGGGACAGACAGUGGGUCAGACCAGACACACGGGUCAGGAAUUGCCAGUUUCGUUGUGGCUGCGUAGGGGAAAAGAUUUGACGUUGGUAAGCUUCUUUUUUUUCAAGUGCAAGUUCCCAGUCCCUACUUCCUUCCCCACAUGACUGUUAAUCCAGUUGCCUAAGUUGUUUUGAUCAUUUCAGUCAUUUGUUGAUUCGUCAGCAACUGAACUGUCAACUUCCUCGCUCAUUUCGUCACGGCGCGUUGUCUCACUCGUAUGUGUUUUGCCAAACUGGUUUCUAAACAGCCGCGACUCUUGUACUUUGAGGCAGGGACUUGAACGAGAGGCGACAGUUGUUCGUUGGAGAUUCCGAGGUCGUCUUAACCUUUUUUCCGAGCAAAACUUUGGGCAGCUUAUUUUAGCAACUCUGGGGCAAAGAAGUGCCUCAACGCUCUUGUAUGACCUACAUUGCAAACAUCUUCUUGCCCGAGAGGGACUUGUUUGUUUUGUUGUCGUGUCUUAGGUUCCUUUUAGGCCCCAGAUAGAUGCCAAAACAGGGAUCGUAGGACAAGGGACGUGAUUGUAACUCGGUUUCUGUGACGCGAUUGCGGUGUCGUGGACUCGGACAGGCCUCAGCUACAGACUGCACUUAUCUACUCAAUAGCUUCACGUCCCUUCACUGUAUCGGAGGAAAUGGAAGGGGAGACGCUUCUGCAAGGGGAUCACCUAUUGCAUCAGAGGAAAUUCCAUCAGAGUUGAUUCACCCUUAAGCCUUGCGUAUAUUUUCUAUGAAAUACACACAAGAUCAUAAAGGAUGGACGAUGCUUGGCCAGGUUGUAAGAGGAAUGCGGAGGACUGGUUUUUUUAACUGCUGCUGCUGCUGAACAUGUUCGGCACACAGCAUGUGGUCAAGGAGUUUUCUGGGCCCCCGUCCAAAUUAGUAGCACUUAAACAAUGUAUCAGAUAUUUUUGAAAUAUGGCUGCGGUGAUUUAAAAUAAAAAAGAAAUCCAUCUGCUGCAUUAAUUGGCUUUUUGAAUGUAGAUUUCCUCUUUUGGGUGGACCGACACUGCAGCUCAUGGCUUUAUGACGAUGUCUGUAGGUACACCUGGACUCAUGCAAAAACAUUUUCAUAUCCUUUUCCUAAAUCUUUACUUUUUCCCACGAGGUUUGCUCGUACAAGUGCAAAAACGUACGAAACCUCCAGCCGCUCACGACGAGGUUCCCUUUUGGACGUUGUGAUUGUGAAUUAGCAGAAUCAAAAAAAGAAGCAAAUAACCAUAUAAGACUACCUGUCUCGCUCCAUUUAUUGGCAAGUGUCAUUCACAAAAAUGUCAUUGUGAUUAAAAAAAAACAGGGCAGAAGGUCACGCUGAGGACCUUGCUGUCAGACCGAAACAUAUCAGUUGCUAAGGGCAACCAAAGGAAACCAAAAAUAAGAAGUAGGGUACUACUACGUUUGUCUACACUUUCAACGUCGAUGUGAUAUGAAGUUAGAUGCCAAAAAAUAACAUCUCACUAAAGCAAAGUGGCUCCUGAUUGGGGGGCGGAGGACAACCACGAGGCUACAGGUGAUGUUCACUGCCACGUGGAACAGUGGAUUUACAGCAUUAAGAUGCUGAGGCAGCUAUCACACUCAUGCCAGUCAAAGCAAAAAAAACAACAAAAAAAAUCCUGUAGUCAAGUGUUAAAGUCAGUCUGGAACAUAUAUAAUCCUUGAAUUCAUAAAGAAAUAUAAGUCAAAAAUGUUUCUCUGUCUGUGGAGAAAGACGGACUGUAGGUGACUCCGCUUGUGAAUUCCGUUUGUAUUGAAAACAGUGGUGAAUGUGAAAAGUUAGAUUAGCCGUGUGCAUUUCCAUAAAACCUCAGUGGGACAGGUGCUGGAUUAAAAACAAAAAAAAAACCUGAAGAAAAUUUGCAACACAAGGCGUAAACACUGGAUUUUCAGCUCCUUGUAUUGAUUAUUACUGAUGUUUUCAUUAAUUACAGGUGGUCUUCAGGCCUGUCGUUGCUUCUAAAUCCAACUCUUCUCUCUAAAAUUACUCACACGUUACUUACAGAUGUGAUUGUACUCGUGGUUUUUUGCAUGAGGCCCAGUGUUUAAUUGCAAACUACGGAAAUUGAGUCUCAAAGUGGAAAUGUGGACGGGGUCGGAGCAGAAACACAGAAGGGGGUUUGAGAGGGAACAGCAGUUGAAUCUGAACAGGGUUGGUUUGAGCUGGCCUUAUAUAAUCUUUCUAACUUCUUUCUAAUGCUGACUGUUCAAUACUCUUUGUAUCUCACUUUAGAAGAAAAGAAAAAAACCAUUGUGUGAAAUAAAUUGUCUGUUUUCUGUUAUUUGAAUCAGAACAUGGUAAUAAUUGACAGCAAGCUGUCUUUUUUUUUAUUUUUAUUUUUACCGGUGACGGGUCACAAAAUGUCGUCUUUGUUACUCUGCAAUAUAUCAAAAAAAAACUUUUUUGCAGUAUUUUGUAGAUCCAAGACCUCAAAAUUUUUUAAAUUCUUCUUCUCUUCUUUUGUACUAUAUAUAUAAAUAUAUAUCUCCUGUAUGAUUAUACAAGCUCCAGCUUGAAUAUGGCUUGUGGACUGAAGUAACAUUUUACCUGGGGUGUCCAAAAACGUAGGGCCGGUGUGCCCAGUACCAACCUGAAAGAGACCCUCAUUGACACGCACACACACACACACACACACACACACACACACACACACACACACACACACACACACACACACACACACACACACACACACACACACACACACACACACACACACACACACACACACACACACACACACACAGCCAGAGCUGUGGUUCAGCAUGCCCGUUAUCUUUCACAAUAGACAAUUACACCACCUGGCUUAAAUAAUUACAAGGUCUUUUUCUGUCUUGUUUUGAUAUAAUGUGCUCUAUGCUAUUCCUGUGGCCUUUCAAUAUAUAAUAAUAAGUUAUAUAUAUGUUAUGAAUUUAUAUGCAAAAGUUCCUCUCUUAUUAUUGCAUCAGAGAUGAAAAUAAUACUACCAUGCUUGAAUGGACUUCCCUCAUCUGGAGUCAAAUCCCACUCACAAUAAGAAAAGAAAAAAACCCCGCUGAGGACUUGAUCACUUGCACCCUAGGAUUGAAAAACGAACAUGGUUGAUUUCAAGCUGCUUUCUUGAGUUUUUUGUGUCUUUGUAACAUUGAAAGAGAAAUCAAGUCUUUCUUUUUUUUUCUUCUCUGUUUGUAAAUUUGCCAGAUCACGGGAACGGCAGUUUCUGUGUCCUUAAACUUGUAGCUACACCUUGGUAAGAAUGUGCUCGGGAGAGAAAGACGUGACCGAGCAAAGAGCAGGGGAGCGGCGUAAAAACAUAAAGUGAAAGAAAAAGUGAAUGAUUUAAAAAUGUUACCUCAGUGAGGAAUUUUUCAGGGAUUUUUUUGACAAUGCAUCUUGCAUCGUGUUACAGCUUCAGACACAUGUUGAAUAGCUGUUUUGUAUUGUGCUGUAAGCAAUUUACAAAAAAAAGAUGCAAUCUGUCUGUGUAUUAAACAAGGGCCGCGUUCACCGCGGCAGUGUCACCUUUCUGUCUUCUGAAGGAAAUACAACUGACCCUAUGUAUUGUACAGUAUAUGGAAACAACACAAGACAUGUUUAUACCGCAAAUAAAUAUUGAAAUAUUUUUUUCUUUAA